UGCGAGGCAGCAGUGUUAUGUUUCGCAGGGACAUCGGAUAAGUGCUUGUUUCGCCUGUGUGCUCUGCUUGUGACAAAAAGCCUGCAAACAAUUUUUUGGUUCAGUGGAGCCGUCUGAACCUGGAUUUGAACAGCAAAUCGCCAGUGGAUCUUUGCAAAUUUCACCCAGAUACCGAUUUCGCAGACGUGACGUUGGGACAAUGGAAUCUAUCCCGGACAGUAUCCGCCCUCAGAGACUACAGCCAGGGAUCGGGUUUGGUUCAGGAUCAACCGGGACCCUGCGCUCCUCUCUCCGGCCCGGGGUUACAGUUCCCAUCGCUCCGCUGCUGCCCUCCCCGGCCUCUCUGUGCGCCUCCUCCGGGCCUCCUCCGCCACCUCCGCCGCUCCAGCUCCACAGCCUGUACGGCACUAUGGGUGGAGGUGGUGGGCUGGGACCGGGGGCUGCCGGGCUCUGUAACCCGGGGAACCCGACGGUCUUGAAGGAAGCGGUCGAGGCUGUGGUCCGCAGCUUCGCCAAGCACACGCAGGGUUAUGGCAGAGUGAAUGUGGUGGAAGCUUUGCAGGAGUUUUGGCAGAUGAAGCUGACCAGAGGCGCAGACCUGAGGAAUGGGGCACUGGUGGUUUAUGAAAUGGUCCCGUCCAACAACCCGCCGUACGUUUGCUAUGUCAGUCUGCCAGGAGGAAGCUGCUUUGGAAGUUUCCAGUUCUGUCCAACCAAGGCGGAGGCGAGACGUAGCGCCGCCAAGAUCGCCUUGAUGAACUCUGUCUUCAACGAACAUCCGUCCCGCCGCAUCACAGACGACUUUAUUGAAAAGAGCGUGUGUGAGGCUCUGGCCUCCUUCAACGGAAACCGGGAGGAGGCUGACAAUCCCGGCACAGGAAUCGGGGCAUUUCGCUUCAUGCUCGAGUCCAACAAAGGAAAAUCCAUGCUGGAGUUUCAGGAGCUGAUGACUGUGUUCCAGCUGCUGCACUGGAACGGGAGCCUCAAGGCCAUGAGAGAGAGACAAUGUUCCCGACAGGAAGUGCUGGCUCACUAUUCCCAUCGGGCAUUGGAUGAUGACAUGCGCACCCAAAUGGCUGCUGACUGGGUGAACCGGGAGCAGGGAGUUGCGGGCACUAUCGCUCAGGAGCUGGCCUCGACAGAGCGCGAGCUGGAGGAGGCCAGGCUGGCGGGCAGAGAACUGCGUUUUCACAAGGAGAAGAAAGACAUCCUGAUGCUGGCUGUGGGCCAGCUGAACGCGGCCAACACGGCCACGCUGCCCUCACACUGAGGGGAGAAGGCCUUCGCUCCCCGUAGCAUCCCUGGUAACAGUAUUGAACACUCCUUAGAAACCAUGGUGUCGACUUUAAGGUUUUGUAUCUUACACAAAGUUACGAGAAGCAGAUAUUCAAGCCUUGUUUAUGCACAUCCGACCCCCCUCAUACCGAGCAUUUACCGCUACUAGCCGUUACCUCUUUGUGCCUAGUGAUUACAGGACAAUAGUGCUUUCUUUUGAUUACCUGUAAGUGUGCUUGGCGUACCAGCUGACCGGGGUUUACAUGUUUUAUGCAUUUUCAUUACUCCAAGCUGUCCUUACUCAAGCUCAAUUUGACGUCAUAGACCUUGAGAGACAAAGCCUGCCUUUCUUCAGUGAAUGUACGGGACAUAUGGUGUUAUGACCCACCAAGCCAAACACAUCCGAUCAAGGUAUGAGUCGUUCUUAAAUCACAUCGGUGCAUUGGGUGUGUUUGCUCGCACAGAAUAUUCUGGAUAAGGUCGUAUUCAAGUUACGUGGAUCCUCAAAAUAACGAUAACAUCCAUGUGUGCAUGAAUAAACACAAAUAUUGCCAUAGAAAAGACUUACUUAGAGAGAAAAUUCAGCAGUGAAUGAGAUAAAGUGUGCGCAUGCAUCAGCGUGUCACAUCACAGUAAUCAUAAUGUGGUUUCUCACAAUAGGCCUGUCUAUUGUAAUGCCAGUAUGGUGCUAGUAUGUGCCAGAUGUUAUCAGAAUCUGAAUGUGCAUGGAAACACACCCGUUAUCUCUUGUAAUGUUUGGGUACAUGGCAAAAAUAUCAGCUGGUUACUGAUUGCUUUGACAAAAGCUCAGGUAUCUGAAAAAAUCAGAUGGCGAACCCUUACCACACGCUCAGUUUUAUUAUUUUUUUUUUUUUUUGUGAUGAAGGCUUAUGAAAACUAUUCUGGCAUUCAUUGUAUGUCUUGUGACCAUGGAACUAGCAGAAUGUAUAUUUUCAGUGUAUUUCAACUAAAGGACCUUUAAAGCAAUGCUCCUCUUGCUAUUUAAUGUACACUUUAGGCGAGAGUUGGUGUUGUAAUGCUGAUUCUGUCGGUUCACGGCACAGAGGGAAACAUUUCCACUGAAACUGAGAAGGAUCGAUGUGUGGUGAACGUGGAAUAUUUUAGCAAAGCGGGGGGUGUUUCAGCAGAAACAACCACCAGGCUGCUCGCACACAGCGGUGGCAGCAGCAGGGAGUGGGGGGGGGGGUUUGUACAGCCAGCAGGGGAGACAGUUUGGGUUUUUAACAAUCUGGUUCAUCAUGUAUUGUGAGUCACACACACACACACACACACACACACACAGAGAUGCACUUGUGGUUUGACUUUUGAAGUAUAUUUGAAGUAAAAUUGUAUGUUAGCAGUGCGAGUGUAAGUCGGCGGGGCUGAAAACUCCAGUAUGUUUCUUAAAAGUUGCAUUUAUCACCUUCCGGCUUCUUUCACGACACAGUCACCUAGAGGGACCUGCGUUUUCUUUUGCAUAAAAAAAUGAUUUCCUAGGUAUUUGUUUCUGUCUCGAUGGUCUCUUGAUUCAGUAUUGCUGUCUAGAUGAAGGCAUUUUCAGCAAGCGGUUCUUUUAAAGACUCCAUAUAAUGGAAAUUGGAGCGUUGUUAAUAUUAUGUGGCUGUGAUUUCAGAGGAGCUGUGGCCAGGAGUUAUGCAAGUUAAACAGCAGGAGGGCACAUCUUCUCACCGGGUGCUGUUUGGGCAACACAAGCAGCUGAUUACACACAAUUUGAGGGUAUAGCAGAUU